CGUCAUCGGAGUUCACGGUUGAAACAGCUGUAUCAAAAUAAAACGUAUUUUGUUGAUUGUUAUUCUUUCCAAAUGUGUAUUUUCUUUCCGCGGUCAAUGAAUCAAUACUCUUUCCCCUUUUGGGGUAACUAGCGAGCCGUAAAUUCAUCAGCGGCAUUUAAAUGUUCUACAUUCAACCCCCAAAAGGGGUUGUCAUUUUGAACACACUAAUGUCCUGUGUCGAGACGAGGAUUGAAUAUCUGGAACUUGUUUACAACAACAAUGCUGACAGCUUCGUAGGAAAUAUUGAAUAUCUCUUCGAAGGUUCUAUCUAUGAUAAAACCGGUCAUUUUACUUUGAGACUUCUAUGCUCGACGUCCAAUGAUAUGUGGUGGUAUUGGUCGACGCGAGAAAUAGAGCUGUUAGAGUACAGAUUACGUCGUGUAUCCACAAAACAAAUAUAUCGCAUGUUCAGAAGUAUCAAAAAUUCAACGGAACACCGAAAAGAAACUAGUUUACUCUACGAAGCUCUGAACAGAAUCAGCACGUUCUUUUCGCAACGUGAGAUAUUCACUCACAUCGCAGAAGAAGAGCACUCAACCUCCUGCAAAGCAUACAAUGUUCAAUUGAAGUUCCAGAUAAUUCCAGACUUAUUGAAAAAGAGAUUGGUCGAUCUAAAGAACGGGUAUGCGAUAAUAUUUUGUUCCAAAUGGAGAGAACUGAUAAAAUCAUUGUUCAAAUCGGUACUGGCCAGAGAGAAAAUUCAUUUAAACAAUAUCGACGUGACCAAGUUGAUAAAAGUAGAUCCUCGCAUGAAAUCUAUGCACAAAAGAAUAGAACAGAAGCUGAUGAGGGGUGGGCAGAUUGGGGAGAGCAGGAUAACCAUUGAGAAUAUAGAUUCGGAAGUAUAUAAUUUUCCUCCGUGCAUGAGUCAUCUACACUUCACACUGCGUAGACGGCACAGACUCAGUCACAAUGCUCGUUUCUACUACAGUCUGUUUUUGAAAGACAUUGGAAUGAAAGUCGACCAGGCCCUCGAAUUCUGGAGGCAGGAAUAUUCCCAGCCUCACACGUGCGGCUCUUCUUGUUCGCACAAUUGGCAGACGGACGCUAAAAAAUUCAUCUACGGUAUCAGGCAUUCGUACGGUCUCGAAGGGUCGCACAAAAGUUACAGCGCUCCCAAUUGCAGAGUCGUUUGUAGAGAGUUGGCUGGGCCGAGAUCCGAGGGUGGAUGUCCGUUCAAGAACUUCGAUAAAGAUGAGCUUAAAAAACUCCUAGAAGCCAUUACGAAGCAAAGUGACAUGGAUAAAUAUCUGGAUGCGUUUUCGAGGCAGAAGCCCGAAGUGGCUUGCGCUACUUUUUUUAAAUUGCAGCGAUCGAAGAACAUCGAUAACAUGUCAAUUUCUAGUCCGGUACAGUACUAUCAAUUCAUGAAAGAGCCCGAUCAGGUUGGUUUGUAGUUGCGAAAAUCCGAGAUGAGUAUUGUGAAAUGAGUACAAAGUAAAUUGUAAAUAUGUUAUUUUAUAUUUGUUUAAGAAUAAAGUGCAAUUUUAUCUAUUC